AUGAUGAUGAAAUGGACACACCACAGGCCAAACACAGGGGUAUCCAUGAGUCAGCCCAAGAUUUUCAGGAAGAAGAGACAGGAGUCUCGUUACCACGGUGGGUCGCAGUCGCGGUACCAGCCAAAUAGGCCUAAUAAUCAUCAUAAUACAGCUGGAAAUGUUAACGUCAAUCGUUCUUUGGGGAAAAGAAAUCCAAGAGGUAAGUUCAACAGGCCCAGUAAUGGACCUGAAACGAGUGGAUCGAGGUUCGAAGGUCAUGGCAGUAUACCUAGGGGCCCCAGGGCUAUGGGGUCAAGUGCAGAAAGCGCUGGAGAUUCUCAUUCAAGAAAUAUUUUUGGCAAGAAACCUUUGGCAUUGAUAUCGUUUCAAGAUGUGAAAUCCAGCUUCCAACCGUUGGCACAAGUCGGAGAAGGUACCUAUGGGAAAGUUUAUAAGGCGGAGAACGUACAUACUGGGAAACUUAUCGCUUUGAAGAGGCUUAGGUUGGAGCAAGAGCGUGAUGGGUUUCCAAUAACUUCUAUUCGUGAAAUUAAACUAUUACAACAGUUGAACCAUCCAAACAUUAGUUUGAUCCAUGAGAUUAUCGUAUCGGAUAAAAAUACAAUUUCUAUGGGAUUCCAGUACAUGGAGAACGAUUUGUCAGGGAUGUUAAUGGAUAAAUCGAUCCAGUUUUCCGAUUCCAACAUUAAGCACUUGAUGAAGCAAUUGUUCGUUGGGUUACAGUAUUUGCACCAACAGCAAAUAGUACACAGAGACAUCAAGGGAUCGAAUUUAUUGAUAGAUAACAGAGGUAACUUGAAGAUAACAGAUUUCGGUCUUGCCAAGAAACUAACGGACGUUUCUUCUCCAGCCUCCAAUACCAACAGAGUCAUUACGCUUUGGUACAGGCCUCCCGAACUACUUCUAGGGGCAACAGACUAUAAAUACGAGGUGGAUUGUUGGGGAUGUGGGUGUCUCUUAGUGGAAUUGUUUGCAGGGGCUGCCAUAUUCCCAGGUUCUAACGAAGUAGAUCAAUUCCAGCGAAUAUUGAGCAUCAUGGGAAGUCCGACUUUGGAACAAUGGCCCAAGAUGUUAGAUAUGCCGUGGUGGUUCAUGCUUGUACCACAAAUAUCUAAGACUUACAAGAACGUAUUCUUCGAUGAGUUCAGCAAAGUACCGCAGGAUGCCCUAGAUUUGGCAUCCAAAUUGUUACGAUACGAUCAGGAUACAAGAUUCACGACAACUGAAGCAUUACAGCAUCAUUACUUCACAAAUGAACCCAAACCACAACCUCUACUCUUGGGACCCGAGUUCAAAGGUUCGCACGAGUACGAAGUGAAAAAGAUCAGAAGGAAGGAGCGCGAACGCCAGAAGGAGACCACCGUUUAG